AUCCAGUUCAGAGACGAAAUCGAACUUUGCAUCAGUUACUAAUCUCUUUAUACAUACAACAUAGUAUCGUGUAGAGUUUAUAUAUUUAUACGAUUAAAAUGGCAAAGUGUAUACACGCAAAUGAAGGAUUCACACUACGUGAUUUAACAUUGAACGAUGGUCUUGUGUUCGAAAUUGGCGAUUACGAGGGUAUGGACGAAGAAGAAUUUCCUUAUACAUCAUCGGUCCCGUUGACGAACGACGAAGUGUUAAAUUUCUUAAAUUUGGAUGAUUUUCAUGACGAUGACAACGAUGAUAACACCACAGAUAAUACUACUACAGAUAAUUCUGUUCUACUCUGUAACAUGAGUUUUGAUAAAUUAAAAACUAAAAUGACUGAUAUUUUUGGAAAUAGUAAAGUUAUGAAAUUAGUAAAGCAGAAAGGGGUCGGAAAGAUUGUACCUUCUGAUGCAUUAGUUACUAUAAAAUAUGUAGGACACUUUGAGUAUACGGACGAACCAUUUGAUUCUAGUUUUGUUCGUGGAAGAGCAGACACUUUUCAACUUGGUCAGGGCACCUUAUUACCUGGUUUAGAGAUUGCUAUUACAAGCAUGGAAAAGCAUGAAAUAGCUGUAUUUAUUGUACAUCCUGAUUUGGCAUAUGGAAAGUAUGGCUGUGCUCCUCGUAUACCUCCUGAUGUAGAAGUUUUGUUCAUAGUACAUCUACUCGAUUAUGUGGAUAAUGGAGCUGUCAAUGCUACUGAGAAUUUGUCCCACGAAGAGAGAAGAAUGUUUUCAUACGUUAUUAAACGAGCUUUAGCUAUGUUCAAUAAUGCCAAGUAUAAUUUUAAACUGCUCAAAGUCAAGCAAGCGAUAAGAGAGUACAGCAAAGCAAUUCAAUGGUUGGAAGAGGCAAGAUUACAGAACCAGGAGGAGGAAGAUGAAUUUAAAAGGGUAAUUUCAAAAGGUUAUAGCAACCUUGCUGUUUGUUAUAACAUUGAAAAUAUGCCGCGACGUGCGUGCAGCGCGUGUAACAGAGUACCAAUACCAUCUGCUAAAACUCAUUUCAAUUAUGGUCGAGCAUUACUAAGAAUGGGAGAGUAUGACAGAGCAAUGGAAAAAUUGCAACUUGCGCUCACCCUAGAACCGAAAAACGAAAUCACUAUCAAGGAAAUUAAACUGGUGAAUGAGAAACAAAGAUCAUACUUGGAAAUUGAGAAAAAACUUUGGAGAAACUGUUUAAAGACCGAGCAUAAAGGGACAGAUGAAACUGCAUUUCAGAAACUGGUACGCCAGAUGUGCAAAAGUUUCUCCGAAGAUAGCCAGGCAUUAAGGCAACCACUUCCUGAAGCAUUGACAAUGGACGAAGAUGCAUGGAUACGCGAACAAGCUGCUGCAUUUGGUCUCUCGGUUACCACACACGAAAGAUACGGCCGAGAAAUAACGUAUCUUAAUAAACAAAACUAUUAAAGAUGCUUCUUUAGUUGAAAGUUAAGU